CGGUGCAGCUGACGCUGCCGACCAACCACAGCGCGUCGGCCCGCGACGGCCCCGGCGCCCGCCCCGGCGUUGCCAGUGGGAGCGGGAGCGGCGGGCUGAUGUCGGAAUCCGAGUCCGGGCCCAAGGAGGCGCGGGUGGUGCUCGGGCUCGACUACGGCACCACGCACACGGGGCUCGCGUUCAUGCACCAGACGAUGGAGCGGGUGCCGCUGUUCAGCGACCUGGUGGUGUUUGACAGCUGGGGCGAGGGCGGCAGCAACGGCGGCAAGAUCCGGUCGGCCAUGUCGUACUCGCGCACGCCGCACGGGCGGCGGCAGUGGGGCAACGACAUCGACGAGAAGAACUCGUUGGUCUUGCAGUGGACCAAGCUGGAGCUGCAGGCGCGGCCGCCGCUGGACGAGCUCAAGUCGCUGCUGCAGUCGCUCAACGGGCUGCACCUGCUCGAGGGACUCAGAGGGAACGACAUGGCCGCCGUCGAGCACGCCAUCCCCGAGCACAUCACGCGCGGGCCCGUCGAGGUCGUCGAGGAGUUUCUGUCGAGGGUCGCCCGCCAGUACUACAUGUGGAUGCUCGACCAGAACGAGUUCAUCUUCAAGGACGGCAACGUGCCCAUGGACAUGGUCAUCACCCACCCCGUCGAGUGGAGCUACGAGGCCCUCAACAAUACGUACCGCGCCGUCACGGGUGCCUUCAACAAGCACAUGUUCUCGACACGCCGCAACGUCUACUUCGUCCCCGAGCCCGAGGCCUGCGCCGUCUACACGGUCCAGCAGAUGAUCUCCGAGGCGCAGGGGCGCUCGCUGGUUCCGGGCGAGUGCUUUGUUGUCUGCGAUGCUGGCGGAGGAACAGUGGACCUGGUCACGUACCUCAUCAAGAAGGUCGAGCCGCUGGAGCUGGAGAAGAUUGGCGUCAUCACCGGCGGUCUGUGCGGCGCCAUCUUCAUUGACCAGGCCUUCAUCCGCUGGAUUGAGGCGCGGACGACGGGCAUCACGGCGCGGUCCGACGAGAUCGGCACCGGGGGGCACUACGUGUUGGACCCCAAGGGCAGCACCGUCUUCAACCGCUUCGAGAUCAUGAAGCGCAAGUUCACCGGCACCGAGGCCAACACGCUAACGCUGCCGCGCGGCGUCGCCGUUAACCCCAGCGCUGCCAACAGCGUCCCGGGGCUACUACAGAUCUCAGCCGACGACAUGAAGAGCUUCUUCGAGUUCUCCGUCAUCAAGACCAUCGACCUUAUCGGCCGCCAGAUCGCCAGCGCCGCCAACAAGCGCCACCGAGUCAUGCACAUCUUCAUGUCCGGCGGCAUGUCGCAAAACAACUACGUGCUCAACCGCGUGCGCGAGUGGGCACGCACGCUCAACGGCGAGAUGUCGGUGCAGCGGCCCGAGAACGGGUGGACGGCCGUCGUGCAGGGCGCCGUGCUCGCGGGCAUGGGCAUCGGGUCGCGCAACGCCGUGCUCACCCGGCCGUGCAAACGCCACUUCGGCAUCAUGGGCGCCGAGGCGCUCAGCGCGGCCAAGCACCGCGACGCGGCCAUCCGCAUCGUCGCCGACGAGGUGCACGGCGCCAACAUGGCCCUCGACCAGGUCGCCUGGCUCGUCCGCAAGCACGACGUCGUGUUCCCCGACCGGCCCGUCACCGCGACGGCGCGCGUCGCGUGCACCUUCUUGCCCGCGCACGUCAAUAAUGGGUCGGUCGCGCGCGUCGUGUUUUGCGCUACGGCCAUGGACGACCCGCCGUCGCAUAGCCUGCCGCGCGAUGCCGGCGAGGUCGCGGCCGUCGAUGUGCGCCUGGACAAGAUACCCUCGUCGGCGUUUCGCGGUCUUGUCGCCCCUGACGGGCGUGGUGGGUACGUCGAGGCCCGCUUGACGGUCGAGAUUUCGGUGUACUACAAUGCAUCCUACCUGGUGCGUGUCCUGUGCCAGGGCCAGGAGCUGGGUGUUUAUCCCAAGAGACACGAGGCUGCGCAACCUACGUCACCCCUGAGGUCGCCCGUUGACUACGCCAGACCGCAGGGCGGCGGCAGGGGCACGCCGUGGGUUAGGGGCGCGGGCUACGGCUGAGCGCGACACCACUGUGUAAAUUGGAUUGUGUUUCUAUGCUAGGUCUGGCCCGUGAUCAAAGUUGACAGUGGCUUGAAGGGUCUUGAAUUGUCUGUCUGAAUCCCAUCUCAUAAUACAGGAGAAAGGCCUUUUAUGUUUCCAAGAAAAGGACAAAGGAAACCUGGUUCAACAGUCUGUUCAGUCGUACUACGUAAAGGACUCAGCCGUAGCAAGGGAGAAAAAAAGAGGGCAUUCGGAAGUCCGGGAGCCCGAAAAAGGGAUCAGGGCUGAAAGUAACGAAUGAAGGGAUAUGCAGGGAUGUAACUUGACAAUGUAGCUCAAAAGUGGCUCAAAAGUGG